AGCCGAUCUUAGCGGGAGCCGGAUAGUCGCAGCCGCCCUGCACAAACAGCCGGAGGAAGCGGCGCCGCCACUGAGAGACUGAACCGAGCGAGGUGUCUGCUCAGCGCCGCUGUCAUGGCCAGGGACUAUGAUCAUCUCUUUAAGCUGCUCAUCAUCGGAGACAGCGGUGUGGGGAAAAGCAGUCUGCUGCUGCGAUUUGCAGAUAACACCUUUUCUGGCAGUUAUAUUACUACGAUAGGAGUAGAUUUUAAGAUAAGAACUGUGGAAAUCAAUGGAGAGAAAGUAAAAUUGCAGAUCUGGGAUACAGCUGGGCAAGAACGAUUUCGAACCAUCACUUCCACGUACUACCGAGGCACGCAUGGGGUUAUAGUAGUAUAUGAUGUGACCAGUGCAGAAUCCUUUGUAAACGUCAAGCGAUGGUUACAUGAAAUAAACCAGAAUUGUGAUGAUGUGUGUCGGAUACUAGUUGGCAACAAGAAUGAUGACCCAGCUCGCAAAGUGGUGGAGACCAACGACGCACAGAAAUUUGCAGAACAGAUGGGCAUUCAGCUUUUUGAAACUAGUGCGAAGGAGAACCUCAACGUUGAAGAGAUGUUCAACUGCAUCACGGAGCUAGUUCUGCGGGCCAAGAAAGAGAACUUAGCCAAACAGCAGCAACAGCAGCAGAAUGAUGUCAUCAAACUAUCCAAAAAUAGUAAAAAGAAGAGAAAGUGUUGCUAACGAGGAACAACAACAAAAAAGACUUCUUUGCAAUGAACAGUCCCUUUCACUUGGACUUGUAUAUCAUGAAGUCAAAAAUGGACAUUUUCUUUCCACACACCAUCCCCAAUCCCCACUCCCAGGCUGGAAGGAUAACGUACAACAGCAGAUGUGGGAUCUUGCCAGCUCAGUGGUUUUGCUCCCAGAUUUCAGCUUCUGAAUUAUUUUUCACCCUGUAUGAAAGUGACUGCGCCGAUGUAGCUCAGUGCCAAGAUUGGAUUUGAUCGUCUCAUUCCAGUUUGAUUUUGUGUGGAUGUCUCGAAGAUCAAGUGACUUGACUCACCCAUGGGUUUUAAAAACCCUGCACAUGAUGUACACCUUUCAGCUUCUAAUGCCACUUGUUUUCAUCGACGCUUUGCCUAAUCCUUUCAGAUGCCAAGAAAUCAUGAAUCACCUUCGUUCUUCUCUUUUUAUUUUUAAGAAAGCAGAAUUCUUUGAAUCAAGCUACUGACUAAUAUUGACAUAACGCCACUUGCUCCUUCCAUUCCUUUAUUGUUCCCUGCAUUUGAUUCCCCUUGACAUUACCUGAUUUAUAGUUUGUUUGGGGCUGAUGGUGGAGGGGGAGUUUAAGCUAACCGUUUUGAAGAGAUGAAGGGGCAAAGGCUCACCACUGGACUAGGUGUUUUAUUAAUGGUAUUCAAGAGUCCCUUUUUUGCAUUUGAACUUUUUUUUUACCAUCAAUUAAUUAACUAACUGCUCUGCUAUUUAUACUGAAAGGGGGUCCAGAAAUUUUGGUUGGCAUUUACCUUGUGUGGAAUAGUAACUAGCCUUUUUCUAUAACAGGUGGGGAGAAGUAUAAACUGGGGUUGGGUGGGGGGAGGACGUUUUAAAAUAAUUUAAAAAAAAAGCAAGGUGAAUGAACAUGGUUUUUAAAAAGCUUGUUGAUCAUGUAUGUUAACUUGGUUUGUGUUUAAACCUCAGUCCUCCAGCCUGGACGCAGGUGAUUGAUUUGUGAUGGUGUCUCACUGCAAACAGCACAAAGUCUGAGUCCCACCACGUAAUAACUGCACACAUUACAACAUGGGGGUUAUUGCAUUUGAAAUGCACAUAUUUCGUCUUAGCUUGUCCAAUGGUCUUUCGCCACUGGAACAAGAGUUUUGUACCUAGACCAUGUGGCUGGAGUCAAAAUUUGUACUGCUAGGUCUGAGGGGCCUUGUGUGGAGAGAUUUCUGGCAGCCCCAAUCCACUUUACAAUGGUCCAGCCCUGCUACUUCAUUAGUUUUGCAGCUCUAGCCUGCGAAGCCAUCAAUUGGCUGGGAAAUAGUUAAAAUGGCCAACUUGAAAUGUGGAUUGCUGUGCUAAGACUGGAGCAGAAUUGAGGGAGCUUUGCUCUGCCCUUGCUGUUACCGGAGUUUGGAGCGCUAGAGGGAGAAAUAUGGAGAGCUGUACUUUGUAUCCAACCUGAUCUGUUUAAUGUUGACACAGUCACUGAAAGGAAAGUCACUUUUCCCCAGCACCAAUAUUUAAUAGCUUUGAACACGGCACCCCACAAAAUAUAUACUGACCCAUUAUCACCUGAUCUGCGUGGAGAAUCAGCCAAUCCUGCUGGGGAGGUGGAUGAACACUGGAUUUGAGUUCACAGUGCAAUCUGAAUGGGUGGAAUCUGCAACACAAAACUGCCCAAAAUUGACUGCUAAUUAUUAUUAAAUUAAAAGAUUUGUGUCAUGUGGUUUGCCGGUGUGGGGAAUGGAAAGGGCUAACUGGAGGGAGGUUGAAGCCUCAUUGGUCGCUGCACUGGGAGUUCUACCUUGGUUCAAAACUGUGUAUCUAACCAGGCAAGUACUUGAUUGGGAAUAGUGGAUGCCAAUAUUUUUUAACAGGCUGUUGAAUAAAAGCAACUUAAAUAACUAUUAUUUUAAAAAAAUUACCGUUUACUGACAGUUUUAAAGAAAAUGUACUCUUUGUCUACACGGUGGACAUCAAAAGAGAAGACCUACUUUGCAAGGUGUUAUUGUGGAAUCCCUUCUGUUCAAAGAUGUAUCUUAAUAUCUGAAAUCUUGUGGCAUUUGGUUAUGCAACUGUUCGUAAUGACAAUUAUGUAUUAAAACACAGAAAUUGUUGCAAAAUGUGGUGCAAGCUGCAAUGUCCUAUGUUCCUCACAUACCCUUAUCGUGCCACACGCAUGCAGGAUGUGCUCACCUGACUGCGUGUGCACCUCCUGUAUGUGUAGCUUCCAUCCACACGGUAUGGCUUUUGCCACCAUACUUGGUUAUGGGUGCCUGCAAACUUUCUUCAAUUUGCUUUAUACCUUUUUGCAGUUAUUUGCCCUAAGAUGCCUGGGCAAGUGAAAAAGUGAAUUUGUUGCUAAAUAACUGAGAUGUUUAGGUAUUGAAUUCCUUAGUUGGACCACUAUGGCCAAUACCUGGGCACCACACUUUAGGAAGGACAUCUGUCUUUGAGUUUGCAGAGAUUUAUUAGAAUAGUAACGGGGUGAAAGGCUUUAUUUUUGGGGAGAAAUUACAAAUGAAACUCAGGUGGCGCUCUCUUUCUUCAGAGAGCUGAACUGAAGAUUUCAUUAUGUUAAAGAAUCAUGAAGGAUUUUGAAGAAAUGAGAUGGCAGGAGAUUCUAUAAUCACACCGCUCAGAUUGACCGUAAUUGAUAAAACAACCUGAGGUGACCAGCAGAGAAAAGAAAAUUAGUUGCAUUAUAAUCUGAAUUACACUGUCUGAAAGAGUGGUGAAUGUAAUGUGAUGAACUUGGAAAUGGAAAAAUUUGCAAGGCUUUGAGGGAAUCAUCAGCAGAAUGGGACUAAUUGAAUCACUCAGAGCAGACAGAGGAAUAAUAGGUCAAAUGGCUGCCUCCUGUACUACAUCAUUCUCUAAUUUUCUUGAAGUUGUCAGGAUUACAGGGCUAGGAUGAGAGGGGUGGAUCUGGUUGGGGUGCUGUUGGGAGGGUUGGUGUGGACUCGAUAGGCUGAAAAGCCUGCUUCCACACUGUAGGGAUUCUGAUUCAAAAAUCUUGUACAUGAAGACCCCAAGUGGGCAUCCUUUUGUUCGUAUCUUCAGAGACUGGUCCACAAACUUUGUUAGCGUGGAUGCAUUGUUUGUGUAUCUAUGUAUCUAUUAUUGAUGAGGAGUCUCAUGGUGCAAUGGGAAUGUAACUCUGAGCCAGGAGGCCCCAUUUCAGUCCUAGCUGCUCCAGCGGUAUCAUAGUUCAUCAAAACAGGUUGAUUUUUUAAAAAUAUCUUUUUAUUGAUGUUUUGUGUGUGCAAGAGUUGUGCUUGAUAAAUGUAUUUGCAUAUUCUUAAACUCCAGCCUUAUUUGACUCUUGCAUAUACACCACAAAUGAAUGUAUAUUGUGUGUGUGUUCCCAAUUCAUGGUUGUGAGCACAACUCAUUACUGUAUUUGCAUGUGUGUGUACACAUCUGAAUACAUACAAGCUCUCUGAAAACUGUUAACUGAAACCUUUUCUUUAUGUCUGUGUUUAUAUUGUCAUUAACGUUGUGUAGAUGCUUUACACAUAAGCUAUUUCUUGUUUAAGUGAUUCCUUUAAGCUGUGUGCAUAUAUAGCAAUCGUGCACAGGCUGCUCACAAGCAUUCCCCCUCAGGUACAGCACAACAAAAAGAUAUUUGUGAAUCAACAUAAACUGCACCCAACAAACUUUCAAGGAUUGUAGUCUUUGCAUAUUGUGUGCUUUGUCUGUAUCCAUUGGUGCACCUGGUACAUGUGCUUAACUUACUCCUUUAAUUCAUUCAGAGUGUGUGGACAUUGCUGCCAGGCCAGGAUUUAUUCCAAUCCCUAGUUGCCCUUCAAGGUGGUAAGAUUAGAGUGGUGCUGGAUAGCAGGUCAGGCAGCAUCCGAGGAGCAGAAAAAUCGACGUUUCGGGCAGGAGCCCUUCAUCAGGAAUCAAGGUGGUAACUCCAUUUACUUAUUCCUGUGUAUGGGACUUGUAUGAUGGUCAGGUUUGCAACUACUUUGAGUGUGCAUGUGGUUUUGCAUUUGCUGUCUACAGUUCUUUCUAAA